AGGACUCCAAAAAUACGUGACCCGGAAGUAGUUAGUUAUUCUUGCCUGUUUUAUAGCAGUGGAGAAGAUUGCUUAAUAUUUUUGCUUUAAUAGCGCUAAGAAAUAUAUCACGUUUAAAUGAAAAUAAAUAGUGAUUAAGUGUAGAACAUCCCUAGUGCAUUAGAUUCUCUAUCAACAUCCAAUUUAAGGCUAGCAUUAUGUCUGCCUGAUUUGUAUUUACAGUAACAACAAUGACAGCCAUCAAGCACGCCCUCCAGAGGGACAUCUUUACGCCCAAUGAUGAGCGUCUCCUCAGCAUCGUCAACGUCUGCAAGGCGGGGAAAAAGAAGAAGAACUGCUUCCUGUGUGCCACAGUCACCACAGAGAGGCCGGUGCAGGUGAGAGUGGUCAAAGUGAAGAAGUCAGACAAAGGGGAUUUCUACAAACGGCAGAUGGCCUGGGAACUGAGGGAUCUGGCUGAAGUGGAUGCAAAAGAUGCCAGCAAGGAGAAUCCCGAGUUUGACCUCCAUUUUGAGAAGGUGUAUCGAUGGGUGGCCAGCAGCACAGCUGAGAAGAAUUCCUUCAUCUCCUGCAUUUGGAAGCUGAACCAGCGUUACCUGCGGAAGAAGGUGGAGUUUGUGAAUGUCAGUUCCCAGCUGCUCGAAGAGCUUCCUAAAGCGGAAGAGUCAGUCCCCAGUGGUGAGAGCCAGAGUGUUGCCGGGGGUGACGAGGAUGCUCUGGAUGACUACCAAGAGCUGAAUGCCCGUGAGGAGCAAGACAUUGAAGGCAUGAUGGAGGUGUGCGAGUAUGCCAUCUCUAACGCAGAGGCCUUUGCUGAGAAACUCUCCAGGGAGCUACAGGUUCUGGAUGGGGCCAACAUCCAGUCCAUCAUGGCAUCUGAGAAGCAGGUGAACAUCCUGAUGCAGCUGCUGGACGAGGCUCUGUCGGAAGUGGACACCAUCGAGGGCAAGCUGAGCAGUUAUGAGGAGAUGCUGCAGAGCGUCAAGGAGCAGAUGGACCAGAUCUCCCAGAGCAACCGCCUCAUCCAGAUCAGCAACACCAACAAUGGCAAGCUGCUGGACGAGAUCCAGUUCCUGGUGAAUUAUAUGGACUUGUCGAAGGGACACAUCAGGGCCCUGCAGGAUGGAGACUUGUCCUCGCCCAAAGGCAUUGAGGCCUGUAUCAAUGCUUCUGAGGCUCUACUGCAGUGCAUGAACGUGGCACUUAGACCAGGUCAUGAGAAACUGAUGGCUGUGAAACAGCAGCAGCACCUGUUCACUGAGCUCAGAGAUACUUUUGCCCGGCGCCUCACCAAUCACCUCAACAACGUGUUCGUCCACCAGUUCAACCACUUCAGUCACUUCAAAAUGACCAUCCCUCAGUUCUAUAGGUCCUCCUGUAUGUCGCUUCCAGGCCAUGACCAGAGCUCCACGCUUUCCCAACACACGGCAGAGCUGACCCUGCCUAAACACAGCCCCCUGCACAGGGACCUGCUGCGAUACGCCAAGCUCAUGGAGUGGCUCAAGAACACCCAGAGAGAGAAGUAUGACGGCCUGUCCAGGACCUAUGUUGAUUACAUGACCAGAUUAUAUGAACGAGAAAUCAAAGAUUUCUUUGAGGUGGCGAAGAUCAAAAUGGCGGGCACAACCAAAGAGGGGAAGGGAAAUAAGUUUGCCACGCUUCCACGGAAAGAGAGUGCUCUCAAACAGGAAACGGAAAGCCUGCAUGGCAGCUCUGGGAAGCUGACGGGCUCCACCUCCAGUCUGAAUAAACUGGCAGUGCAGGGCUCCAGCAGCAGGCGCUCCCAGUCCUCCUCUCUGCUGGACAUGGGCAACAUGUCUGCCUCAGACCUGGAUGUGGCCGACAGGACCAAGUUCGACAAGAUCUUUGAGCAGGUUCUUAGUGAGCUGGAGCCUCUCUGUCUAGCAGAACAAGACUUCAUCAGCAAGUUCUUCAAGCUACAGCAGCACCCCACCCUGGCUCAGGGAGAAGUGGAGUCUGAUGGAGGGGUGCCCUCCAGACAGCCCCCUCCAGGGGAACACAGACACUCAAUGUCAUUGACGGAGAAGGACAUGGUGCGAUUGAUGAUGAACAAGAUCUUCCAGAGCAUUGAGACGGAACUCAACAGCCUCAUCGCCCUGGGAGACAAGAUCGACAGCUUCCACUCCCUGUACAUGCUGGUGAAGAUGAGUCACCACGUGUGGACAGCCCAGAAUGUGGACCCCGCUUCCUACCUCAGCACCACCCUCGGCAAUGUGCUGGUCACCGUCAAGAGAAACUUUGACAAGUGCAUUUCUGGUCAGAUCAGACAGAUGGAGGAGGUGAAGAUCUCUAAGAAGAGCAAGGUGGGCAUCCUGCCCUUUGUCACUGGGUUCGAGGAGUUUGCAGAGCUGGCUGAAACCAUCUUCCGUAAUGCAGAGCGCAGAGGGGAUCUGGACAAGGCAUAUGUCAAGCUUAUCAGAGCCGUCUUUAUGAAUGUGGAGAAAGUGGCCAAUGAGAGUCAGAAGACGCCCCGGGACGUGGUGAUGAUGGAGAACUUCCACCACAUCUUCUCCACACAGUCCCGCCUGAAGAUCUCCUGCCUUGAGACAGAGAGGCGAGAGGCCAAACACAAGUACACAGACCAUCUGCAGUCCUACGUCAUCAACUCCCUGGGCCAGCCCCUGGAGAAACUCAAUCACUUCUUUGAGGGAGUGGAGGCGCGUGUGGCCCAGGGGGUGCGUGAGGAGGAGGUCAGCUACCAGUUGGCUUUCAAUAAACAGGAGCUGCGUAAAGUUAUCAAGGAGUACCCCGGCAAGGAGGUGAAGAAGGGCCUGGACAACCUGUACAAGAAGGUGGAUAAGCACUUGUGUGAGGAGGAGAGCCUGUUACAGGUGGUGUGGCACUCCAUGCAGGAUGAGUUCAUUCGUCAGUACAAACACUUUGAAGGCUUGAUUGGCCGUUGCUACCCUGGGUCUGGUAUCACCAUGGAGUUUACCAUUGGAGACAUGUUGGAGUACUUCUCAAGCAUUGCCCAGUCCCAUUAAUUACAAACAUACACAUUAUAACUUUACACAUGCUCUCUAUUGCUUCAUAGUGCCACACACAGAAGAAACACUAUUUACUGAAACCAAUCCGUCAUUGCUGUGUGGCCAAUACGAAGUACAUUAAUUGAAAUUGAAUAAAUGGCACUUGAAAUUGUCUGCAGUACUGGUAUGGAUGGGAAUGAAUUAACAGUUGUAAAAAGUUUUGUGUGUAGCAGGCACAAAAGCCUAGGUGAAAAUCUGCCGUUGUGCCCUUGAGCAAGUCACUUAACCCUAAUUGCUCCUGUAAGUUGCUCUGGAUAAAAGCAUCUGCUAAAUGACUCCUAUGUAAAUGUGUGUGUGAGUGAGUGAGAUCUUAUUUGCACAGAGAUCACAAUGUUACUGAUUUCUUCUGUCUGUGAUUUUCCUUUGUUAUAACGCACAUCGUCUGUACAUGAUAAACUCUUCAAAAUUGUGAGGUUGUGGGCCAAAUACAUGUUAGCUUGUAUGACACUACUCAAAAUCUAAAUCCCCCUUCAUCACACUGAUGUCUUGAACUUUGUAUAGUCACAUAAUGUCAGUCUUCUACUGGAAUAUUUUUGUGUGAUUGCAAACUUUUCAACAGAAUGCCAUAUUGCCAAAUAAAUGUUAAAAUGUCAAAUUUUU